UUUGAUUCCCGGUUUAUUUACUUUAUUUAUUUGCUGAAAACUGGAAAACCAAGCCAAUUAUUAACUGAAAAAUGAACGUCAGCGACGAUUUCCAGCCGGUGCCCACGCGAGCGGCCCUGGCGAUGCAGAAGAAGCAGCAGGAGAACGGUGGAUUUCAGGCGCUCGUCUUCCAGGAGCCUCGGGCUCCACCGAAAAGUGCCUCCAAAAGAAGGGAAGAAGGCGCAGGAUCAGAAGAAAAGAAGCCCCACAAGAUCAAAGAGGCCGGCAACGAACUGAACCCAGAGUUCGAUAUAAAGAAGGCCCGCCACGAGGUGCUGAAUUUCGCGAUGAAAAACCAGCGGGUGAUCAAGAACAAGAGCAAAAUGGAAAUGUUCCAGCUGGUUAAACUGGGCGCCAAGCCGCUGCGCAAGCAGGCCAAGAACUACAAGGAUUUGAAGGACGAGCGCCAGCGGCUGAAGAAUAUACGCGAGGAGCGCAAGAAGUUCCAUCAGUUGGGCAAAAAUCAAACGGGCGCCGCCAGCGUUAAAUGCCGCAGCAAAUCGCAAAAGGAUCGGAUGGCCAAGAAGCGGGCGCCCGUUUCCCAGAUCGAUCAGCACUACGGCAAGGCGCAGCCCAAGUUCAAGGCGAGAAAGUAGGAUAAUCUAAACCCUGUAAAAUAAAUA